UGGAAGAAGGACUCUGGGAAAACGGUCUUUCCUAUGAAUGUAGGACGCUGCUCUUCAAAGCAAUCCACAAUCUAUUAGAAAGGUGCCUAAUGGAUAAAAACUUCGUUAGGAUUGGGAAAUGGUUUGUGCGACCCUAUGAAAAAGAUGAAAAACCAGUCAACAAAAGUGAGCAUUUGUCCUGUGCUUUCACAUUCUUUCUUCACGGGGAAAGCAAUGUAUGCACAAGUGUGGAAAUCGCCCAACACCAGCCAAUUUAUUUGAUCAAUGAGGAGCAUAUCCACAUGGCUCAGUCUUCACCCGCACCAUUUCAAGUACUGGUGAGUCCUUAUGGCUUAAAUGGGACGCUAACAGGCCAAGCAUACAAGAUGUCAGAUCCAGCUACUCGUAAAUUAAUCGAGGAAUGGCAGUAUUUCUACCCAAUGGUGCUGAAAAAGAAAGAAGAAUCGAAAGAGGAGGAGGAGUUGGGAUAUGAUGAUGAUUUCCCUGUGGCAGUAGAAGUAAUUGUAGGUGGUGUUCGAAUGGUCUAUCCUUCAGCCUUCGUUUUGAUCUCUCAGAAUGACAUCCCAGUUCCUCAGAGCAUCGUCAGUACUGGAGGCCAAAUUACAGUCGGGCAGCAGGGACUUGGUGGUGUAAAAGACCCAAGUAACUGUGGCAUGCCUCUUACCCCUCCCACUUCGCCGGAACAAGCUGUCGUCGGUGAUACUGGAGGUACUCAGAGCGCUGUCGGUCACCUCGGGUCACAGGAUGGAGGGAUGAUCACUAUGCACAGUCCAAAGAGAUCGGGGAAAAUUCCUCCAAAACUCCACAAUCACAUGGUCCAUCGAGUCUGGAAGGAAUGCAUCCUCAACAGAACCCGGGCCAAGAGGACUCAGAUGUCAACUCCAACGCUUGAAGAAGAGCCUACUAACAAUCCUGCUACUUGGGACUUUGUGGAUCCCACCCAAAGAGUCAGCUGCUCUUGCUCUCGGCAUAAACUUUUAAAACGUUGUGCUGUAGGACCCAAUCGACCUUCCACAAUAUCUCAGCCAGGGUUCAGCACCGGACCAUCAUCAUCCUCAUCUUUACCACCUCCUGCUUCUUCUAAGCACAAAACAGCAGAAAGACAGGAAAAAGGAGACAAAUUGCAAAAGAGACCCUUGAUACCAUUUCACCAUAGGCCCUCUGUGGCUGAAGAAUUGUGCAUGGAACAGGACACACCGGGACAGAAACUAGGCCUGGCAGGGAUGGACUCCUCCAUAGAGGUGUCUAGCAGUAGGAAGUAUGAUAAGCAAAUGGCCGUGCCUUCCAGAAAUACAAGCAAGCAAAUGAAUCUGAAUCCUAUGGAUUCACCUCAUUCCCCUAUCUCACCUCUGCCGCCAACACUCAGCCCUCAGCCACGGGGCCAGGAAACGGAGAGUUUGGACCCGCCAUCUGUCCCUGUGAAUCCAGCCCUCUAUGGAAAUGGGCUAGAACUUCCGUUGUCUACUAUGGAUGACAGAACUGUCCUCGUUGGCCAAAGACUGCCUCUGAUGGCAGAGGUCAGCGAGACAGCCUUAUAUUGUGGGAUUCGGCCCCUGAACCCAGAGUCCUCGGAUAAGUGGUGGCAGAGUUACCAUCUCCCGCCCAUUGAUGAUGCUGAAUUCCGGCCUCCAGAGCUCCAGGGUGAGAGAUGUGAUACCCAAACGGAGGUAAACUCCGAGAGCACUGCAUUGCAAAGACUCUUAGCACAGCCUAACAAACGGUUUAAAAUCUGGCAUGAUAAGCAACCCCAGAUGCAGCCACUCCAUUUCCUUGACCCAUUGCCUCUGUCGCAACAACCUGGAGACAGUAUGGGAGAAGUCAAUGAUCCAUAUACUUUUGAGGACGGUGACAUCAAAUACAUAUUUACAGCCAACAAGAAAUGCAAACAGGGGGCCGAGAAAGAUUCCCUGAAAAAAAAUAAGUCAGAGGAUGGAUUUGGUACCAAGGAUGUCACUACACCAGGUCAUUCCACGCCGGUGCCUGAUGGGAAAAAUGCCAUGUCUAUUUUCAGUUCUGCUACUAAAACAGAUGUCCGGCAGGAUAAUGCUGCAGGCAGAGCUGGCUCCGGUAGCCUUACACAGGUGACAGAUCUGGCACCUUCCCUACAUGACUUAGACAACAUCUUUGAUAAUUCGGAUGAUGAUGAACUUGGGGCUGUGUCACCCGCACUGCGCACGUCAAAAAUGCCCACAGUUGGAGCAGAAGACCGACCUCUUGGGAAGGAUGGAAGAGCCGCUGUCCCGUACCCCCCAACAGUUGCAGACCUGCAAAGGAUGUUUCCCACCCCUCCUUCUUUGGAGCAACAUCCUGCCUUUUCACCUGUGAUGAAUUACAAAGAUGGGAUCAGUUCAGAGACAGUGACAGCACUAGGGAUGAUGGAGAGCCCUAUGGUCAGUAUGGUUUCGACCCAGCUUACAGAAUUCAAAAUGGAAGUGGAAGAUGGAUUAGGAAGUCCGAAGCCAGAGGAAAUAAAGGACUUUUCAUAUGUGCACAGAGUUCCAACUUUCCAACCUCUCGUGGGCUCCUCCAUGUUUGCUCCACUGAAGAUGUUGCCGAGCCAAUGCCUGCUACCUCUGAAGAUACCUGAUGCCUGCCUGUUCCGGCCCUCCUGGGCGAUUCCUCCGAAAAUUGAACAACUGCCCUUGCCGCCUGCAGCCACUUUCAUUCGAGAUGGCUACAACAACGUGCCUAGUGUUGGGAGCCUUGCGGAUCCAGACUAUCUGAAUACGCCCCAGAUGAACACGCCAGUGACGCUCAAUAGCGCGGCCCCAGCCAGCAACAGUGGAGCAGGAGUUUUGCCAUCUCCAGCAACCCCCCGCUUCUCUGUCCCCACACCACGGACCCCCAGGACCCCAAGAACUCCCAGAGGUGGGGGCACUGCCAGUGGUCAAGGUUCUGUUAAGUAUGACAGCACCGACCAGGGGUCACCUGCCUCUACCCCUUCGACCACACGGCCCCUUAAUUCUGUAGAACCUGCCACCAUGCAGCCCAUUCCUGAAGCCCACAGUCUCUAUGUCACCCUGAUUCUCUCCGAUUCUGUGAUGAAUAUUUUUAAGGACAGGAACUUCGACAGCUGUUGCAUCUGUGCUUGCAACAUGAACAUCAAAGGGGCAGACGUAGGACUUUACAUCCCAGACUCAUCCAAUGAAGACCAGUACCGCUGUACCUGUGGGUUUAGUGCGAUCAUGAACAGGAAGCUUGGCUAUAACUCAGGACUCUUCCUGGAAGAUGAGUUGGAUAUUUUUGGGAAGAAUUCUGACAUUGGCCAGGCUGCAGAGAGGCGCCUAAUGAUGUGUCAGACUACCUUCCUUCCGCAGCUAGAGGGGACCAGGAAAUCCCAGGAGCCACCUAUCAGCCUUCUCCUCCUCCUCCAGAAUCAGCAUACACAACCUUUUGCUUCACUGAGUUUCCUGGACUACAUCUCCUCCCACAACCGCCAAACGCUUCCUUGUGUCAGCUGGAGUUAUGACCGGGUGCAAGCGGACAACAACGAUUACUGGACGGAAUGCUUUAAUGCCUUGGAGCAAGGCCGGCAGUAUGUGGAUAAUCCCACAGGUGGCAAAGUAGACGAGGCUCUGGUUCGGAGUGCCACCGUGCACUCGUGGCCUCACAGCAAUGUGCUGGACAUCAGCAUGCUCUCCUCCCAGGACGUGGUUCGCAUGCUCCUGUCCUUGCAGCCCUUUCUCCAAGAUGCCAUCCAGAAGAAGCGCACAGGCAGGACCUGGGAGAACAUCCAGCACGUGCAGGGACCUCUCACCUGGCAGCAGUUCCACAAGAUGGCAGGCCGGGGGACCUACGGUUCAGAAGAGUCUCCUGAGCCACUGCCUAUCCCCACUCUGCUGGUGGGCUAUGACAAGGACUUCCUCACCAUCUCCCCGUUCUCCUUGCCAUUUUGGGAGCGGCUAUUGCUGGACCCAUAUGGGGGCCACCGUGAUGUUGCCUAUAUUGUAGUGUGUCCAGAAAACGAGGCCUUGCUCGAAGGAGCCAAAACUUUCUUCAGGGACUUGAGCGCUGUUUAUGAGAUGUGCCGGCUCGGGCAGCACAAGCCCAUCUGCAAAGUACUGCGGGACGGAAUCAUGCGUGUGGGAAAGACUGUGGCCCAGAAGCUGACUGAUGAGCUCGUGAGUGAGUGGUUUAGCCAGCCGUGGAACAGUGAGGAGAAUGACAAUCAUUCCAGACUCAAACUUUAUGCGCAAGUUUGCCGACAUCACCUAGCACCUUAUUUAGCCACUCUGCAGCUCGACAGCAGCCUGUUGAUACCACCUAAGUACCAGACCCCACCAGCAGCCUCACAGGGCCAAGCCACACCAGGGAGUGCGGGGCCUUUAGCUCCAAACUCAGGACCAACUGCUGCGUCCACAGGCAGCGCAUUCAAUCCCACCUCGAAUGGCAGUUCUGCAAACCCAGCCGCAGGCAGCUCCUCCUCUGUGCCCCCUGUGCCACCAGCCCCGUCCUCUGCCUCUGCUCCUGGAAUGAACCAGAUAAGCACUACCUCUUCUUCGGGCUUCACUGGUAGUGUUGGCGGCCAGAACCCCAGCACCGGGGCCAGUUCUGCAGAGAGAACGCAAGGGAAUGUGGGCUGUGGCGCAGACACAGAGCCAGGGCAGAGCUCUCAGGCUUCGCAGGAUGGACAGGAAAGCGCCACGGACAGGGAGAGAAUAGGGAUUCCCACGGAGCCCGACUCAGCCGACAGCCAUGCCUACCCCCCGGCAGUUGUCAUCUACAUGGUGGACCCAUUCACGUACACCUCGGAGGAAGACUCCACUUCUGGAAACUUUUGGCUCUUGAGUUUAAUGCGCUGCUACACAGAGAUGCUGGAUAAUUUACCUGAGCAUAUGAGAAAUUCUUUCAUUCUCCAGAUUGUGCCUUGCCAGUACAUGCUGCAGACAAUGAAGGAUGAACAAGUUUUCUACAUUCAAUACUUGAAGUCCAUGGCAUUUUCAGUGUACUGCCAGUGCAGGCGCCCUCUGCCUACACAGAUCCACAUUAAAUCCCUCACAGGAUUUGGGCCUGCUGCCAGCAUUGAGAUGACCCUCAAGAACCCAGAGCGGCCAAGCCCAAUCCAGCUUUACUCCCCUCCUUUUAUAUUGGCUCCAAUCAAAGACAAGCAAACAGAGCUGGGAGAGACAUUUGGUGAAGCAAGCCAGAAAUACAAUGUGCUCUUUGUGGGUUAUUGCCUAUCUCACGACCAGCGCUGGCUGUUAGCCUCCUGUACUGAUCUCCACGGGGAGUUAUUAGAGACUUGUAUUGUAAAUAUUGCUUUACCAAACAGAUCACGGAGGAGUAAAGUAUCUGCACGUAAAAUUGGACUACAGAAGUUAUGGGAAUGGUGCAUUGGUAUUGUCCAGAUGACAUCUCUACCCUGGAGAGUUGUGAUUGGGCGGCUUGGACGUCUGGGACAUGGGGAGCUUAAAGACUGGAGUAUCCUCCUUGGAGAAUGUUCACUACAGACAAUCAGCAAACGGCUCAAGGACGUAUGCCGGAUGUGUGGGAUCUCGGCUGCAGACUCUCCUUCUAUCCUUAGUGCCUGCCUGGUCGCCAUGGAGCCCCAGGGGUCCUUCGUGGUGAUGCCAGAUGCUGUCACAAUGGGCUCUGUUUUUGGCCGAAGUACUGCGCUGAACAUGCAGUCGUCGCAGCUUAACACCCCUCAAGACGCUUCUUGUACCCACAUCUUGGUGUUCCCGACAUCGUCAACCAUCCAGGUGGCUCCAGCCAACUACCCCAACGAAGAUGGGUUUAGCCCCAACAACGAUGACAUGUUUGUGGACCUUCCAUUCCCAGACGAUAUGGACAAUGAUAUUGGCAUAUUAAUGACUGGGAACCUCCAUUCCUCUCCCAACUCUUCUCCUGUCCCUUCCCCUGGCUCUCCGUCUGGAAUCGGCGUGGGCUCCCACUUCCAGCACAGUCGGAGCCAGGGUGAGCGUCUCCUUUCUCGGGAAGCGCCUGAAGAGCUGAAGCAGCAGCCUUUGGCUCUUGGGUAUUUUGUAUCAACUGCCAAAGCUGAGAAUCUCCCCCAGUGGUUCUGGUCAUCCUGUCCUCAGGCUCAAAACCAGUGCCCCCUCUUCCUGAAGGCUUCGCUGCAUCACCAUAUUUCUGUAGCACAGACAGAUGAACUUCUCCCUGCCAGAAAUUCUCAGCGGGUUCCACACCCUUUGGACUCCAAGACCACAUCUGAUGUUCUAAGGUUUGUGUUGGAGCAGUACAAUGCGCUCUCGUGGCUCACGUGCAAUCCAGCCACCCAGGACCGUACCUCCUGCCUCCCCGUCCACUUUGUGGUGCUCACCCAGUUGUACAAUGCCAUCAUGAAUAUACUUUAAUCGGAAAGCACUUGUCCUCUCUGGCUCAGUUCCUCGUCCCCGCAGCCUCCGUCCAAGGGACUGCGUGUGACAUGUGAAUGCGCACCUCUUCCUCCUCCUCGUGAGACCACGCUCCACAUCCUGCACUGAGUCCUUCUCGGGAGGCUCCUGUCAUCUCUGCAGUGUUGGUUUCCAGAGUGACUCACUGACACUUCCCUCACGGGCCUGGAGACUUCCAUUAGCUGUGACUUUCAGCCAGUGUUGUGGUGUCUGUUGCCCCAGACCACUGGUCCACAGGAAGGAAGGGGUGUUUGGGGGAGGUUUUUAAAGAGGGAAAUGGAAGAGACAGUAUCCUUUUGCACAAGACUCUGUUUUCAGUCUCUUUUAAAAUAAGGGCACCUGAGCCCUGUGGAUGAAAUCCUCUUUACUGGUGUAUGGCCUGUGGGUUACCCGAACUCCAUAAUCUGGGACUUUUUCCAAAUAAGACCUAGCUCACGUAGGUGAUUGCAUCAUGGAGUUUCUGUCUCCCUCGUGCUCCCAACCAGCCGGCAUCGCGUGAGCGAAGCUUUGGUUGACUACCUACCUGUGUGUAGAUACAGAAGGUCUGGAGACAUCUUUAUUUUGUUUAUUUAUUUUAACUUGUUUCACCAUAAGAUAUUUGUGACUUUCUUUUCAUUUUUUUUUUUUUUUUUCAAUUCGCAAGGACCAGGUACAGUAGCCGAAACCCAACUCAGAUCCACCCUAGGAUUCCUGACUACAUACCUCUCUCCUACAAGCUGGAAAAGGAGUGAAAGCAAAGUGGGGAGAUGAAACCUAACCAGUGAUCUGCUCAAAACCACCCAGCAGUAGGCUUGGUUCUGAGUAGACUAGGCAAAAUAUUCUGCCACGUUCCUUACCAAGAGUGGCCAGCAUGCUGUGAAGGAUCCCUUUUUUAUACACAGAAAGCAGGCAUGCUAGGUCAGAGCCACGGAGGCAAGUACCUUCAUCCGUUUUAUAUUAGUCACAGUGGAGAUAUAUUUUCUAAUGAAUUCGUAUGGGAAGCCAGAUCUCUCCUCUCAUUCAAUCAAAAGGGACUCAUGUACAUAUCACAACCAAAAGUGUUUGCUCCGAAAAGCAGUAAAAAGAUCGCGAAUUUUUUUUCGGACCAUAGGAAUAUUAUUUCAAAUAACUAUUACAAUUUAACCAUUAAAUUAGUACUUGAAGUUGAGCCUUCACGUGGGACUUUUUAAAGUUUAAAACAAAAGCCUUUUGAAAGCAUUAAUGGCUAACAAAUAUUUCCUGGCUCCCCGUUCUGGCCCGAGAGGAGCUAUCUAAGACUAUUGCUAACCCUUCUGUGCUGUAAGUUCUGUCUGCCUCGGGCUCGCUCUGGGAGCUGCACUUGGUGCUCAGCAGGAUGCUGAGCCCUGGUGAUCUGUGGAAAGAAUCAUGCAAAUUUUAAAAGUUCUUCCAAGAGACUUCCAUAUCCUGCUUGUUAACAAAAAAAAAUGAAAAAAAGAAAAAAAAAAGAAAAAUGUAAUAAUUGAUAUGAUUUUGUAAAAGUAUUUUUCUUGAAAUAAUCUAACGUUUAAAACAUUAUAUUAAAAAAUGUGUGGUGGGAAUGUGAAAGCAGA